AUGUCUUUCGGAGGUAACAACAACAGCAGCAGCAACUACGGCAACAACGACAGAGACCAGUCCACUUUCGGCAAGAUCGGUGACAAGAUCAAGGGUGCUCUCGGCAGUGACGACAACGAGCGUGGCUCCGGCUCUGGUAGCUACGGUUCUGGUUCCGGUUCUGGCUCUGGUUCCGGUAACUACGGCUCGGGAUCAUCGGGCUCUGGCUCUGGCAACUACGGCUCUAGCUCCGGUUCCGGCUCUGGCAACUACGGUUCCGGUUCUGGUUCUGGUUCUGGUAACUAUGGUUCCGGUUCUUCUGGUUCUGGUAACUAUGGUUCCGGUUCUUCUGGUUCUGGCAACUACGGUUCCUCUGGUUCAGGUUCUGGUUCUGGCAACUACGGUUCCUCUGGUUCCGGCUCUGGUUCCGGCUCUGGUUCCGGCUCUGGCGGCUAUGGCUCCUCUAGCCACGGUUCCUCUGGUAACUACGGUUCCUCUGGUUCUGGUUCUGGCAACUACGGUUCCUCUGGUUCUGGUUCUGGCAACUACGGUUCCUCUGGUUCUGGUUCUGGUUCCGGCAACUACGGUUCCUCUGGUUCUGGCUCUGGUUCCGGUAACUACGGUUCCUCUGGCUCUGGCUCUGGUUCCGGUAACUACGGUUCCUCUGGCUCUGGUUCCGGCAACUACGGUUCCUCUGGUUCUGGCAGAAGCGGCUACUAA